AUGGGGAGCAAAGCAAAAGCAAUGGGGUCUAGGCUGACUCCUCUUUUUACCACCGUUUUAGUGGUAUUUGUUGCUCUUGGCUUGCCUUCAGAAACUGCAGCUGAUUACGACAAGUAUUCACCUCCUCCUCCUCCUUAUCAUUAUUCACCUCCACCAGUGUACAAGUCUCCACCACCUCCAGUCUACAAGUAUAAGUCACCACCACCUCCUUCCCCAAUUUACAAGUCACCACCACCACCUCCUCCAGUAUACAAAUCACCUCCACCACCUCCUCCAGUUUACAAAUCUCCACCACCACCAAUUUAUAAAUACAAGUCUCCUCCACUACCUCCUCCAGUGUACAAGUCAUCACCACCACCUGCUUACAAGUCUCCACCUCCUCCAGUUUACAGUUCCCCACCACCACCAAUCUACAAGUCUCCACCUCCACCCUACCAUUACUACUCACCCCCUCCAGUAUACAACUCCCCGCCUCCACCAGUGUACAAAUACAAGUCCCCACCGCCACCUCCUCCAGUUUACAAAUCUCCACCGCCACCAAUUUACAAGUACAAGUCACCCCCACCACCUCCUCCGUGUACAAGUCUCCACCACCUCCAGUUUACAAGUACAACUCACCACCACCUCCUCCCCCAGUUUACCAAUCUCCACCACCACCAGUUUACAAAUACAACUCACCACCACCUCCUCCCCCAGUUUACCAGUCUCCACCUCCACCCUAUCAUCACUACUACGGUUCUCCUCCUCCUCACCACUACUAAGCAAGUGCAUCUAAGUUUUGAGGCAAAGGAGAAGACAAUCGGUGUUUGCGACCUUCAAGAAGAUGUAGAAGAAUAAGAAUAAAAGCCCAAUGCGAGGAUGAUUCCAAGUUUCUACGUUACCAUUUCUACAUCUAAAUUGACUCUAGCUCCUGAGUUCCAUGUUUAUGGGGUUUGUACCGUUUUACGUACCAUGCAGUGCAUGCUUGUAAGGUUUUCUGUCCUGUUGGCAAACUGCAGGUCCAUAUA